UUAACUUUACUUCUACUUGAGGUCCUCCUGAGGACCAGCAGAUAUGGACAGAAAUGUUGCUUGGAUCCUGAUGCUCCUUCCUCUGGUCGCCCUGGGUGAGGCAGAGAUAUCAGACCCUCUGACAGAUUUGGAAAACAUUGCUGGGAAGCUGGUUUUCUAUCAGAUGGAGGGAAAUGCCACCUAUGUGAGGGACACAGGAGAACUGGCUUCAGAUAUUCAAACUGAAACCAUGUUCGAACUCUAUGAUCCCCGGAAGAAUUUAAGCAGUGCAAAGUUCACCUACACCUGGGACUUAGGGAACGGAGAGGUGAUCCAGGGCACUGAGCCGGUUGUGCGCUAUAAUUACUCUGAAUCUGGAAACUACACUCUGCGGCUGAAAGUGGGAGUUAAAGGGACCAAACUUGCACCUCUAUUAACAGAUGUCUACUCCACAGAUGUCCAAGUGCUCGAUGCCAUCAAAAACAUCGAGAUGAAGGGGCCGUCAGAUUACGAGGUGUCGCAGAACACCAGUUUGGCUUUUCAUGUUGAUGGAAGUCCUCCCUUGUGGGUGUGCUGGCGCUUCCUGCCCAACUGCGUGCCGGACGUGGCUGGGGGCUGCACGCUGACCAUGCUGUAUGGAAACACGCUGCGCCUGAACCACACCUUCACCUCCGCAGGAGUCCACUGUCUGGACAUCAGCGUCCGCAACGAAAUCAGCAAGCUGCAGACCUCCUUCAGCAUUUAUGUCAAGAGAAACAAUAACGCCCACAUGUUCUUCAUCCUGUCAUGUGCUGCCAUUCUCCUCGCUACCUUCUCCUUCAUCGCCGUCAACGCCUGCCGCCCUCGUCGUCAAAACAGAACACAGAUUGCUACUUCCAGUAAUGCUGUGUUUCUGAAGAACGACGACUCUGAAGGUCACAGCAGGAUCUUCUUUAACUUCAACGCACAGAGGGGAGAGAAGGAGCCGCUCCUCCUGCAGUUGGGAGCUCCCUACUCCUCUUAACCCUCACAUACUGCAGAUAUAUGCACAUAGGUAUUUGGCAGCAGCAAAUGCACAAUCACACAUUACAUAACCAUUCUCAUCUCACCAUGUAUAAAGCAACUGCACAACAUACACCUAAUGUACUUGUCUAAAUACGGUUUAGUCAUCCUAGUGAAGAAGUUGUUCACAUGCCUUCUGUAUUUGCUAUAAACUAAAUGGUGAUCGAUGAAUGAGUCACAGAGCUUGGGCUGACAUUCACAUGUACUCAUAAUAAAUUAAUAGCACAAUUGCAGGUCAUGAUUAAGCAAUGAGUGUUGAUUAAA